UUUUUUCAUUGUUAGACAUCUAACUUUCACAAGUAACUUUGAAAUUCAAUUUACCUUCAACGAUCGAAUUCGGGAUGCAAUACUCGGUGUAUCUCCAUUUGUUCGUCCUCUUCAGCAAGGAUUUGUGACUUACUGUUGCAGCCUAAUGAUCAUGACCAUGGGACAGCUGCUGGAGAAAUGCUUGCAGCUUCAAAGGAUCACAUUCAGAAUCUUUAUUCAGAAAAAAAAAAAAGGAAAAAGAGAAGAAGAGAGUUCUCAUGGCGGAAGUGAAGAACAAGCAAGUGUUACUGAGAGACUAUGUCUGUGGUUACCCAAAAGAAUCAGACAUGUAUGUAACAACCACUUCUACUCUCAACCUCAAGCUUCCUCAAGGUUCCAUUGGAGUCUUAGUCAAGAAUCUCUAUCUUUCCUGUGAUCCUUAUAUGCGAAACCGUAUGAAGAAGCUGCUCGACCCCACUUAUUAUGCUGAAUCUUUCAAGCCCAAUUCGCCUAUCAGUGGGUUUGGGGUGGCUGAAGUGUUGGAAUCAGGGGAUUUAAAGUUCAAAGAAGGUGAUUUGGUUUGGGGAAUAACUGGAUGGGAGCAAUAUAGUGUUAUAAAUGCAACAAAGUCUGUUUUCAAAAUUCAUGACACUGAUGUUCCCCUCUCUUACUAUGCUGGUAUUCUUGGUAUGCCUGGUAUGACUGCUUAUGCUGGUUUCUAUGAGCUCUGUUCUCCUAAGAAAGGAGAAUAUGUAUUUGUGUCAGCAGCAUCUGGUGCAGUGGGCCAGCUUGUUGGGCAAUUUGCAAAGCUGCUUGGUUGCUAUGUUGUGGGCAGUGCUGGAACCAAGGAAAAAGUUGAUUUGUUGAAGAACAAGUUUGGAUAUGAUGAGGCUUUCAACUAUAAAGAAGAGGCUGAUUUGGAUGCAGCUUUAAAAAGGUACUUUCCGGAAGGAAUAGAUAUUUACUUUGAGAAUGUUGGGGGAAAGAUGCUUGAUGCAGUGUUAUUGAAUAUGAGACUCAAUGCUCGAAUUGCUGUGUGUGGAAUGAUCUCACAGUACAAUCUUGAGUACCCUGAAGGUGUUCAUAAUUUAAUGAACCUUAUUACUAAACAAGCUCGAUUACAAGGAUUUGUAGUGACUAACUACUAUCAUCUCUACCCAAAGUUUCUUGAAUUUAUUCUACCUUCAAUUAAACAAGGUAAAAUUGUGUAUGUGGAAGAUGUUGUUCAAGGCUUGGAGAAUGCCCCUGCAGCUCUUGUUGGCCUCUUUCUUGGCCGCAACGUUGGAAAACAAAUUGUUGCCAUUUCUCAUGAGUGAUCACUAAGUUCCUUACUUGUUAGUUGCUUCUCUUUUUUUCAUUGUUUACCAAAAAAGAAAAAAAAAAAAAUACUCUUCAAUUGCUUUGUCGUUCUGUAUUUGCAUCUAUAUGCACUCAUUGGUCUUAUAUAGUCUUUGUUGCAUUGUUCUGUGAUGUUGUUUGUUUUGUUCUAGUCUUAUAGCAUUCGAUGUAGUUUUCUUUUCUACAUUUCAGUUCUUAUGAGAGCUUGCUUAUAAGAGUUUUAUUUCUUUGUUUUUGAAAUGAAAAGAAGAAGAGAAUGCUAACGUCAAUUUCCUAUUACAA